UUUGAAAACGCAUGACGUGAUGACUGAUGCCUUCAAAUUUCAAUGUUGAUAAAAUUUUGUAAAUAAGAUGUAUUUAUAAUUUAAACUUAAUUAAUAAACAAAACAGUUAUCAAUAAACAUAUGUGGUUGAUAUAAUUAAGUCGGAAUUGAAUACUUUCGAAGUGAAAUAAUAAAUAAUAAUGAUGAAAUAUUCAACAUCUCCUACCCCUACGAAUUAUCCUAGAAGCACUUCACCACUACCUGCACCAGCAAACUAUCAGCCCACAACAGCUAGUGCAGCAGUAAAACGAUACAAAUAUUUGCGCAGAUUGUUCAAAUUCAAUCAAAUGGACUUUGAAUUCGCUGCGUGGCAAAUGGUUUACUUAUUUGUAUCGCCUCAAAAAGUGUUUCGGAACUUCAACUAUAGAAAACAUACAAAAUCACAGUUCGCGAGAGAUGAUCCUGCGUUUCUUGUUUUACUUAGUGUCUGGCUCUUUUUAUCUUCAGUAUGUUUCGCUUUAGCAAUGGGACUCACAUUGGGACAAACAGCAUUGUUUGUGCUCUAUGUUGUGUUUGUGGACUUUAUUGGCUCUGGCAUAAUCAUGUCCACAGUACUUUGGUAUGUUAGCAAUAAGUACAUGCGAGUGGACAUCACCUCGCCAGACGUGGAGUGGGGUUACGCAUUUGAUGUGCACAUCAAUGCUAUGUUCCCCCCACUAUCUCUAUUGCAUUGUUUUCAAAUACUUUUAUUUAAUAAACUACUAGUGCAUGGAGGUUUCUUAUCUUGUCUGGUGUCCAACACAUUUUGGCUUGCGUCUUUUAUAUAUUAUAUUUACAUCACAUUCCUAGGGUAUAGUAAUUUACCGAUGAUGAAAAACGCGCGAAUCUUCCUAUUCCCACUUCCUAUUUUGUUCUUAUUUUAUUUAGGUUCAUUAUUGGCCAGUUGGAAUCUAAGCCAUAUGUUAAUGGACUUCUACCAUUACAGAGUCUUGUAAAAUACUUGAAUACUUACAAAUAAAUAUAACACAAUUAUCAAAAAAUAAUAAUAUACUAAUUUUUUAUUGAACAAGUCCUAUGUAAUAUAAUGUUGUAAGAAAAUGAUAUUCAUUGCUAAUGUUAUUGAAUUGUACAUACUAUUUAAUAAUAAAUAUUUAACAAAUAAA